UAUUAUAUUUUGACAAAGCUUUGCAAAUGUUUUCGCAAUUUUAUUCCUUAGUUUUCCUUAUUACUCUAUUCUUUGUAUUCCAUCUACCGACUCUCUGUCUUAAACUGGAAUUAUUUCAAUUUUCUGAUGAAUUACAACCAAGAAUUUCUUUUUUUCAACAUCCUAUAAAUCUCAAAUUAGAAAAUGCAAUGCGUGAACUUCAUCGUAUAAAUACAGAUCGGGAUACAAUUAGUGUGAAUAAAAAGCGUAGAGCUUUAAAACUUAAUGGAUUCAAUACUGCAAAACGUAGACAUAUUUUGGUUCUUGACGCUGGUACAAGCAUCAACGGGAGUCGUUGCAUAAUCAGUGCCGAUCAAGCCGUACACUUUUGCGGAUUUGCGGAAGAAGUAAAUGAACCACCAAUUCUGCCACAUCUUAACGGAAUUUGUCAAAAGAGUUUAAAAAGCGAGCGAAAUAUAUGCUAUCCUCGCUAUGAGGAGUUGGACAGUAGCUGUACAGAUGCAGCAACUAGCAAUGAACGCUCGGGUUUAGUCGCUCCACCUGUCAUUCCAAAUGCUUUUGCUCGCUCUUUUCUUUUUGUUAAAUACGGAUGUGAUCCAGGAUAUGAAUUGCAAGAUGAGGCUGAUACUAUGUUUUGCCGUGAUCGGGUUUGGGUGCAGACCCCUCCUAUCUGCAAGGGGAAAGGUCUUUGCGAGGUGGAUAAUGGCGGAUGUUCCCAUUCCUGUUUGCAAAUUUUUAUCCAUUUGACACAUGAAUUUCUAGGCAUUUCAUUCGAACAAAAUAGAACUUUGGAAUGCCGUUGUCCAAGAGGUUUAGUUUUAGAUGCGAACGGAAAAACUUGCAUCAAACCACUUGCCGGAUGCGUUUGUUCACCAGUAGAUGAAAAGCAACUAAGUUGCUCUUGUCCGAACUCCGAAAAAUGUCUGCUUGUGCAUGGACGGCCGAAAGUGGAACCUGGAGGCAACUUGAAUAUUACUUGUUCUGCAGUAGCUUUUCCUUUCCCGGAGAUUGUCUGGGAACGGGAACAAGAAGAUACAACCCGAGGAAGAGCUGAUGUUCAUCUUACAACUACAGGAACUAAUAUACGAAGCGAGCAAUUACUUAUCAUUAAACAGAAUACUAACUUUACUUGUCAUGCUCACAAUGAAAUCGGCGAAACAAGUCGUCUCGUGCGAGUAGUGGUUACCGGCCCAGGUUCUGCACCGGUUCUGAGGCAAUUGACAGCUGGAAGAACACGUAUUGAAGUUCACUGGGAGAAACCUCAUGUUAUCAAUCGGCCACUUACUGCUUAUGCUUUAUAUUUCACCACUGAUCCAAUGCUUCCUAUUAAAAGUUGGUCUCAAGUGAAUGUUUCCGCACCAGCAAUUUCUCACGUCAUCAAUGGUCUCAAUUCGGACACGCUCUAUACCAUUCGAGUUAGAGCUCACGAUUCAAUGGGACCUGGCAAAUUAUCUAAUCCUGUUUCUGUGCGCACUCUCCCUCCUGCUAUAAGGCCAUUUGUGUUUAUCCCGGAGGGCACAGAACUACGUGUGGCGCCACGAAUACCAUUUACUAUUAAUUGUAACUUGAGCCGAGGCGAACCAAUUCCUGAUAUGUAUUGGGAGUCUCGUAGUCGGAAUAUUAGUAUUGCACAACAAGGCAGACACAUUGCAUUACAACACUCUGGAUUAUAUGAGAAUAGUGAAUUCUUCUGUGUUGCAGAAAACGAGGCUGGAAGGACUAUUCAGAAGAUUUUUGUACUAGUAACAGGACCCAGUCAACCUGAACGUAUUCGCUAUCACACUGAUGGAGAUACAAUUUUCCUUCAAUGGGAGGAGCCUCGAAUCACUAAUGGACCAAUUGUUGACUAUGAAGUCUUUUACAUUCCAAGCGUUGAUGCUCGUAAACCAGAUCAAGAAUGGACGGUCCAGAGAAGUGGAGGUCCAUCAGAAAGGACGUUAACAUUACGUCCUUUACGUGAGCAGACAGAAUAUAUGGUUAAAGUCAGGGCACUGAACAGGAAUGGGCCAGGCCUUUUUAGCCUUCCAUUUACGUCAAGAACAUGGUUGGCACCACGUCUACCAAUAGUUCAUACCGUUCCUUCCCAUCAAGUUGAAAAAAGGCCAAGUCAAGAAGGUUUUGACGUUCUUUGUGAGGCGGAGGGAGUGCCUAUACCUAAAAUUCUCUGGUGGUGGGAGAAUAGACCCAUUGAGGAUGGAAGUGGUGGAUUUCGUAUUGUUGACAUAGCGUCAUUAGAUGAACAGGUCAAAAGCCAACAAAGACUUUUAUUUCAGUCAACCACCCGAUCAGGAAUAUUGAAAUGCCAGGCAUUAAAUUUUAGUAAAUUUAAAAUAUAGAAAUUUAAGGCAAUUAAUGAAAGAGGAAUAUCUGAAGCUCAA